UACUGUCGUCCGAGUUGCGAUUUUUAGUCAUGCAUCGGGUCGGACAGCUUUCGAUUACGUCACCAAGGACCCAUCGCGUUAUAGGAAACAUGGCGGCCUCAAGCAGCAAAUCUGUCCUGUUUGUCUGUCUGGGGAACAUUUGCAGGUCCCCCAUUGCGGAGGCCGUCUUCAGGAAGAUGGCAACCGACGCAGGCGUCGUCGACAAGUGGCUCAUCGACAGCGGCGCCACGUCCGACUGGAAUAUAGGCCGCCUGCCGGACGCCCGCGGGCUGGCCUGCCUGAAGGGCCGUGGCAUUGAGACCGCUCAUAGGGCCCGACAGGUGACGAACGAUGACUUUCUGAACUUUGAAUUCAUUCUCUGCAUGGAUGAGAGCAAUUUGAGCGACUUGAAACGUAAAGCCGUCGCGGUGAAGAAUCACCGAGCCAAAAUCGAACUGCUUGGUACAUAUGACCCGCAGAAGCAGCUGAUCAUCAAAGAUCCCUAUUAUGGAAGCGACGAAGACUUUGAAAAGGUGUACGAGCAGUGUCGACGAUGCUGCAAAGCGUUUCUCGAGUCGAACUCGUAGCGUUGGCUGUCGGUAAGGCCUUCUUCGCCCGGGUCACGCAAGCGCGUCACUGUUGAGGAAAAAAAUGAAUGCCGCAACGCUUCCAAGUUUGUGUUUGCACCCAUUUUGUUCAACGCCUGUGUUGAAAUAAAACUUUACAACUCA